AUGAAGUACGGCGACACGCUCCGCCAGCGCUCAAUUCCCCAAUGGGGCCCUUACAACGUCGACUACGAUGAAAUCAAACAUCUGAUCAAAGAACACACAACCCCCGGCCAGGGCAAAGCCUUGUCCAUUCCCGGCCAGGGCGAGGAGUCCGAACGUCACUUUGAGGAUGAGUUGUUCGUUACACUUGCCGAUGAGUACCGGCGCAUCGAUCUCUUCGUUAAGAGCAAAUCCGGGGAAAUUGAGCGACGCCUGAAUCACAUCUCCAAGCAGGUCCGCCAGUUUACAUUACGCGAAAGGGCAUCGUCGCCUUCCGAUAGAGCGAUAUCAGAGAAGCGCCGGCAGAAGUAUGCCAGAGUGGAAGCCGAUGUGCUGAAGGCCGGUGAGGAGAUCAAAUCCCUGGCCAGGUUUGUGGGUGCGCAACGCCUAGGAUUUGCGAAGUUGUUGAAGAAGUACAAGAAAUGGACUGGCUCAGAAUUGCUGGGAAAGCGAUUCACCCAGGAAGUCCUCAAUCAACCCGGCACAUUCUCUCGGACCAACCUCAGUCCGCUCUUGAAUGAAUGGUCCGACGUCCUCCAUGCAGUGCGUGCAGCGUACCAGGCGGGCGAGAACCAGUCGGUGCCCAAGAUUGCCAUUGGCGAUGCUCUUUCGGCGACCAAUGCUUCGCCAACUGUUGCUGCCCCCGCAGAGAACCUGACUGCUAUUCCUAAACAAAUUCAGUCAGUCGCAGAGUCCGGGUCUGAGCUUGACUUGGACACGGCAUUGGCUAACCUGCCUCUGGGCCAGUUGGGCGCCCGAGCAGCCUACUGGGUGCAUGCUGAUCAAGUUGUAGAACUGCACGUACUUUUGUUACAAAGCUUGCGGUUCUUCGAAGGUAGGGCACAAACGUCGCCGCAAUCUUCGCCGUUCGGAAGCCCUGGCGGCUUCGGUACAAAGAAGAGGACUGACAGCACCUCUGAUAUCUGGAGAAGAGAUGAGAUUGGUAUGCUGUUUAUGGAUGACGUCGACAGGUAUGCCCGUUCGCGGAGCGGUUCCACUGUCGUUGAACAGGAAGAGACUCCCGGGAAGCCUGCUGUGCGUGCCAUGGGAAGCGCCAGAUGGACUUCCGCCGGAGAAGCAGCUGUAGUGGCGCCCAGUGCAAAUGGGUCGAACGAAUAUUCAAAGCUGGUAUGUGCAAAGCUGAAGCGCAAACACCUUCCUGGCCUCCUAGAUAUUGGACGCCCUUUCAAUGCUCGACGCCCUUCCGCGCAAUCCACGGUUGAGGAAACGGAGGCGCAUUCUGAUAGCACCGAACUCAACCCGGUUGUGGACUUGCGGUCCUGGCUCUCUUCAAACCGAGAGAUCAGGCCCAUAGCUGGCAUUUCUUCCAAACGGUCGCGUUUUGUUGGGCUCGGCAACGAUUCGGAGCAUGGCACCUGGGCCACUCUGGAUACCGAUAUCUAUAUGGAUAAGUCUCUCCACACUCACCUGGGAGAGACAGAUGGGCUUAGGGAUACGGGAAGUGAGGUAGUCGCGUUCCCGCAUGCUGUGCUUGAGGUUCGCGGUGAAGGACGGCAUUCCGACGAACUCAUCAAGGCCCUUGACAAGAGCCAUCUUACGGAACGGAUACGAGGCUUUUCCCUGGAAGCUCAUGCUAUCUGGACAUGCUGCAAACCUGCCUCAAUGCAGCCUCCGUACUGGCUACCCAUGCUUGAACGUGAUAUCAGGAAAAUACCCUCACCGGCGCCGAGAGUGCGCCACGGUGCUGCCAGUCCGUCCAAGCACCUCGAUCCGCUCAGCUCGCGCCAGACGUCCGUGUCCAACACAUCUGUCACUGACGGCCAGACAAGCCACUACUCUACAGCGGCACGCAACGACUCGUCGGCGACGUCGCUCGCUGAGAUGGAUGGUGCCGGCGUUGCCGGUCAACAGUCGAGCAAACCUUCGCGCCGCCAUCAUUUGCGCGAGCUCGCGGCGCUUCAGGCGGCUGAGAGUGGCGGCCCCAGUGCCAGUCGCUACUGGAACGAGUAUGAUGAUCCUGAAGAUGGCGGUGACGACGCAUACGUCAUCUAUGUCGAUCCAUAUGCGUCGCCCAAGUUGCCUGGGCAGGAAACGCUCGGCCGCUUCUUUCAGAGCGUCAAAGACACGCUGCGCGGCCGUCGCCGGCCGUCGGGCGAGAACGCAUCACUGCUAUCCACCGAAGGCUCGGAGAACGACGAGCUCAGCGGCGUGGCGCGUGACACUCUUGGGGGAGGGUACGGCACGCUCACGCGCUCAGAGUACGAGGGCGAUGAGGGCUCAGAAAACCAACAUGCCCGUCGCCCUCGCCUGUCACUCUCGCGCCGCCUCAGCUCCUUGAUCGACAUCUUCCGGUCCAGCGAUCCCAGCGACUACUCCCGUGGUCAUGGCUCCGCUCCCCUCGGCGCCGACCCCGCCGCCCUGGACACGCUGCUCGCGUCGCUCGCGGCACGGCAGCGAGCCCGCGCGGCCGCAAAGGCGCGGCUCGCCGUCGCGGCUCUGGCGGCUAGUGCGGUCAUUGCGGGCUUGACGGGCCUGCUGGCGGCGAGUAGUCGGCGCAAACUGCGCAGCGAGGUGGCGCCGGCGGUGGUGACGGGCGUGGUUGCGGACCUGGCGUUUGCGAUGGUGGCGCUGGCGUGUUGGGUCUCGUCAAGGAGGGACGGCGAGGCGGGAGGGUUGGGGAUGGGAGGGGUGGGCGUGUUGGCGGGCGCGGUGGUGCUGUUGGGGGUUUGUGUGGUUGAUGGGGCGGUGGUCGGGGGGUGGCUGGUUUGA